AACACACAGCGAGAGUGUAAGCAGAUCCACAGCAACGUUAGCUGCUCGUGAUCGAUCGAUCUGAAGCAACAAGUGUAAGAUGAACCAGAGCGCCGUGGGCUCCCUGGUGCCGCGGCAGGCGCCGGGCAGCUACGGCCUGCCGUUCGUCUCGGCCAUCCGCGACCGCCUCGACUUCUACUACUUCCAGGGAGAGGCCAAGUACUUCGAGUCCCGCGUCGAGAAGCACGGCUCCACCGUCCUCCGCAUCAACGUCCCGCCGGGCCCCUUCAUGGCGCGCGACCCCCGCGUGGUCGCCGUGCUCGACGCCAAGAGCUUCCCCGUGCUCUUCGACGUCGACAAGGUCGAGAAGAAGAACCUCUUCACAGGCACCUACAUGCCCUCGACCUCCCUCACCGGCGGCUUCCGCGUCUGCUCCUACCUCGACCCCUCCGAGCCCACCCACGCCAAGGUCAAGCAGCUGCUCUUCUCCCUCCUCGCCUCGCGCAAGGACGCCGUCAUCCCGGCCUUCCGCUCCCACUUCUCCUCGCUCCUCGCCACCGUCGAGUCGCAGCUCGUUCUCGCCGGCAAGUCCAACUUCAACACGCUCAACGACUUCACCUCCUUCGAGUUCAUCGCCGACGCCUACUUCGGUGUGCUCCCCUCCGCCUCUGACCUCGGCACCACCGGCCCCACCAAGGCCGCCAAGUGGCUCAUAUUCCAGCUCCACCCGCUCGUCACGUUCGGCCUCCCUUUGAUCCUCGAGGAGCCGCUCCUCCACACCGUGCUUCUCCCGCCCAUCUUCGUCAGCGGUGACUACAAGGCGCUCUACAAGUACUUCUACGCCGCCGCGACCAAGGCGCUCGACAUGGCCGAGAGCCUCGGGCUGAACCGGGACGAGGCAUGCCACAACCUGCUGUUCGCCACCGUGUUCAACAGCUACGGCGGCCUCAAGGUGAUGCUCCCGGGGAUCCUCGGGCGCAUCGCUGAGGCCGGAGAGAAGUUCCACCAGAGGCUGGCCGCGGAGGUACGCACCGCCGUUGCGGAAGCCGGCGGCAAGGUGACGAUAGAGGCGCUGGAGAAGAUGGAGCUGACCAAGUCGGCGGUGUGGGAGGCGCUGCGUCUGGAGCCGCCCGUCAAGUUCCAGUACGGCCGCGCCAAGGCCGACAUGAACAUCGAGAGCCACGACGCGGUGUUCGCCGUGAAGAAGGGAGAGAUGCUGUUCGGGUACCAGCCAUGCGCCACCAAGGACCCCCGGGUGUUCGGCUCCACGGCGAGGGAGUUCGUCGGCGACCGGUUUGUCGGGGAGGGAAGCAAGCUGCUGCAGUACGUGUACUGGUCCAACGGGAGGGAGACCGAGAGCCCCAGCGUGGACAACAAGCAGUGCCCCGGCAAGAACCUGGUCGUGCUCGUCGGCAGGCUCCUGGUCGCCGAGAUGUUCCUCCGGUACGACACCUUUACCGCCGACGUCGGCGUCGACCUGCUCGGCCCCAAGGUUGAAUUCACCGGUGUCACCAAGGCCACGUCCGGUCCUGGGGCUGUUUAGAACCUGCACCGGCCAUCUGUGAGACAGUGACAAACGGAUCAACUCGUACGAACGCCAGUCAUAGCAUGCAUGACAAACGGAGUAUGAAGUAUGUCAGUCAUGCAUGUAUCUUGUUCGGUAGCUUCGCGUGCAUGUUUUCCUUUUCGCACUCUUGCCCAGCGUAAUAAAAUGGACCCCUGUCAUAAGAUUAGGAGCACCUAUUUAUCAACGGAACAGUCUUGCCAAAUCUUAGUCAAUUAAUGGUUAAGUCUCGGUUGAUGUCAUAUUCAUAAGAUUUUACAUUGAGAUUCACACAAUUUAGAAAGCGCAGAUCCAUAUUUCGUGGCUGCUUGCUACAUGUUUUCCU